AUGAUGCAAGAGUUAGUCUCCAAACCUACUGGUGGGCAGCGACUGUUAGCUUCAGAUGGGUCUUCACCUUCUGUUCCUAGAAAGCUUGCUGAACCGGUUAGUAUGAAACGGGUGGCCAGACCGUUGCGGCAUAUUAAGCAUAUUCCUGUGAAGUCGUUGAAGUUUUAUUCUAGAGAUCAUCCGCCACAAUUUAGUUAUGGAACCAAAAUUCCAUUGCCCAUACAUCCAGCCAAGUUGGUUGUGCAGGUGCAACACAUAGGAUUAAACCCUGUAGACCUUAAAAUUAUGAACGGCUAUGCUAACCACUUGAAUGGUGAAAUUGGUUUCGGUAGGGAAUAUAGCGGGGUUAUAACAGAAGUAGGUUCUGACUUGACGUUGGAAUGGAAGGAGGGUGAUGAAGUUAUGGGGGUCUUUUGGCACCCGAAUCAAGGAAAGGGUGUUUCUGAGUCAUCCAUUUUGAUUGAUCCUAAAGUGGAUGCGAUUGCCAAAGUGCCCUCGAAUUUGAAUAUGCAACAAGCCAGUGGAAGCCUCUACUCCUUAGGAGCAGCCUCUGAACUAUUAAAAGUUUUGGACUCCAAAGGGUAUCUUACGGGCAAUAGUAACAUUUUACUUAACGGUGGUACCACCACAUUGGGGUUGUUUACGAUUCAGCUAUUAAAGUAUCACUACUAUAUUCCCACAAAAUUGGUGGUUAUAUGUUCAUCAUACGGUGCACAACUGCUAAAGGAGACUUUUCCUGAUAUUGCCGAGGAGUUGUUGUUUAUAGACUAUAAGUCAGCACCGAAGGGUGACAUAUCUAGUCCAUUGAUUGAUCUAAUUGAGCGCGGUGAGCUUGCAGAAUAUUAUCCCGAAACUUCUGCAAUGCGCACGGCUCCAUUCUCACAGGGCAAAUUUACCACAGUCAUCGAUUUUAUUGGCGGAUAUGACAUUAUUGCAAAGUCCGAUAGUAUCAUUGCCCCUGGCGGUUUUUACAUUACCACUGUCGGAGAUAUCAAGUCUAAUUAUAAAAAAGAUGUAUAUAAGUCUUGGGAUGCGCCAACGGUAAGCGCUAGAUCCUGGUUUGGUAAAAUGCUUUGGUCUUUUGAAUACAUGCGCUUCCACUAUGAUCCAAACCUCAGAAGCACCGAUAAAGAUAGCUGGUUAGAAGCAUGUAUGCAAAUCCUACGAAAUGAGACUGUUAAGGUAUUGAUCGACAAAAAGUUUGAUUGGAAAUAUAUAAAUAAGGCAAUGAGCUACUUAGCAACUGGUCACGCGCAUGGAAAAGUUAUUCUCGAUGUAGAGAAGUUUUAA